CACCCUUUUUUUGUCCUUUAUUCCCCUCGGAGCUUUCGAGCUGGAAGAGAAGUUAGCCUCAACUCCGGCCCCAGAGCGGUCGGAGUUGGAUCAACCCGAAACAUUAGGGUUUUCCUUGAAAGAGCUGAUCUUGACCCUGCAGACGAUGUGGAAUGAGGGGCAAAACUCCUGCAUCUCCCUGGGGGUGAUUCUCGGUGUGGUCCUGCUCACCGGCUUGAUGCGCGUGACGUUCCGGAGGCGUGUCUUCUCCACGAUCACCCGCAUCUUCGUGGCGGAGUUGCUGGCCACCUUCCAGCUGUGCUGCUGCUCGCACGAGCUUCAGGUGCUGGUCGAGCUGGGGCCGUCCAACCCCAGCUGGCCCUUGACCAUUAUCUACUUCCUCUCACUGGUUCACGGCCUGACGCUGGUGGGCGCCGUCAGCAACCCGUGUGGGGUCCUAGAGCAGUUGGCGCUGGAACAGAUGCCCAUAGGGAUGGGCAUUCUCAAGAUAAUUGCUCAGAUGCUCGGCGCGUGGUUUAGCCGGACUUUCAUGAUGUGGAUCUGGAAGCCGGGCAUUUCGAAGUGGCACUAUCCCGAGAGGGCUCUGAAGUGUACCAACCCCAUCCACAUCGCUCUACCCGAGGCAUUCCUCGUGGAGAUGUUAUGCUCCUUCAUCUUCCACAGUACCAUGAUGCAUUUCCAGGAGAUCAGGCUCAAGUUUCGCAUCCACUUGCAGGCAGCGCUCAUCACGUUUUUGGUCUUCGCAGGAGGAAGUCUAACAGGAGCUGUAUUUAAUCCAGUUUUGGCCCUUUCACUACAUUUCCAGUGCUUUCAGACUCUAUUCUACAACUAUUUCAUUGUGUAUUGCCUGGGUCCUUCUUUAGGUAUAAUGUUGAUGGUUUUGAUGUUCAGCCAUUUCCUUCCUUGGCUGCAUAACAUGAAUAGAAAUACUAAAAAUGCAUAGUGAUUUUCAAAGACUAAUACUGUUAAAUUGCAGUCCAGAUGGAUGUGAAGCCAUCACGAGUUCAUUUGCCUCAUGCUCUGAAUACCAUUUGCACUUGUUUUCUCCAAAUGUCAAAUUUCUCUGGGGAUGCUGUCUUAUAGUUCCCAUCACUAAGACUUUUUAAAAAAUGAAUGUGAAAUGGAGGUCUCCUGUGUAAAGACUUGUUUUUUUGAAUGAUAUUUAUUAAAAUGCUGCUGGAAAGGA